AUGGAGGAUGAUCAGGAAAUUAAACUGAUAAUUUUCAUCAGCGUAUGGGCCAUAGUGUCAGCGUACUACACAGUGGAUGAGAACAUAGAUUUAGCCGAAAUUACUGGCAACCAGAUCGUGCUGAAGAAGUAUGCCGCUUGCCUUCUGGACAGAGGACCUUGUUCAAAGUCCAUGCUGACAUAUAAAAGGCACCUAAAAGACGCUGUAGACACGGACUGCGCUGAGUGCAGUCCCUCACAGAAGCACUACGUGCACGAGUUCCUCAAGGCCAUGCUGCAGAAGUUCCCUGGUGAUCUAGAACAGAUCAAGAACAAGUACGAUCCAACAGGAGUACAUGUUUUAAAAAUCAUUGCUGAGAUUGAGAAAUACUAA